AGGAGAAGAAAGAUCUGUGGUCAGAAGUUAACAGAAGGAAGUCAGUUUCCAGAGCGCUUUCACCGUUGCAGUCUUUGCAAAGUUCUUGUGUUACUGGGGUUCCCUGGGUCCUUGUCUCCUCCCGCAGGAUGCUGAGGGCAGCUCUGUGUGCCGUCUUUCUCUUAGGCGCCCUGCCAUCAUUGGCCAAGGAGUCCCGAGGGCAUGUCUCAGUGGUCUUGCUGGGAGCCACGGGGGACCUGGCCAAGAAGUACUUGUGGGAGGGGCUGUUCAAUCUCUAUCUGGACCAGGUGAGCAGUGGCCACAGCUUCACUUUCCAUGGGGCUGCGCUGACGGCCCAUGAGCCAGGGCAGAGGCUGAUGUUUGAGGUGCUGAAGAACCUGGUCUGCCCGUCGGACGCGUCCCCCGACAGGUGUGCUGUGGUCAAGGACCAGUUCCUCAAGCUGAGCCGGUAUCACCAGCUGAAGACAUCCGAGAACUACACUGCCCUGAACCGGGAGAUUGAGACCUUGCUCCAGCAGGAGGGACUGGAGGAAGCCGGCAGGAUCUUCUACUUCUCGGUGCCGCCCUUUGCCUAUGCGGAGAUCGCCCGCCACAUCAAUGGCAGCUGCAGGCCGCGCCCCGGAGCGUGGUUGCGGGUGGUGCUGGAGAAGCCUUUUGGCCAUGACCUCAAGUCAGCCCAGCAGCUGGCCAUCGAGCUGAGGACUUUCUUCCGGGAAGAGGAGAUGUACCGGGUGGAUCACUACCUUGGCAAACAGGUUGUGGCCCACAUCCUGCCUUUCCGAGACCAGAACCGACGGUUUCUGGACCCUAUCUGGAACCGGCACCAUGUGGAGAGAGUAGAGAUUGUCCUGAAGGAGACUCUGGAUGCUAAAGGCCGCACCAGCUUCUACGAGCAGUACGGUGUCAUCCGUGACGUCCUCCAGAACCACCUCACCGAGGUCCUGCUGUAUCUCGCCAUGGAGCUGCCGGCCAACAUCAGCAGCGCUGAAGAUGUUCUCCGGCAUAAGCUGCAGACCUUCAAGUCAUUGCAGGGCCUGGAGAGCACCAGUGCAGUGCUGGGUCAAUACCAGGCCUACACCGGCCAGGUGCGGGAGGAGCUGCAGAAGGCACAGGACUACGUCAGCAUGACGCCAACCUUUGCAGGUGUGUUGAUUCAGCUAGACAGCCUGCGAUGGGAGGGAGUCCCCUUCCUCCUCACCUCUGGCAAAGCCCUCGACGAGCGGGUAGGCUACGUCCGUGUCCUCUUCAAGAACCGGGCCUACUGCACCCAGCGUGAGAGCCUGAGGGAGGCGGGGCAGAGCCGGUGUGGACCCAAGCAGAUCAUCUUCUACAUCGGGCAUGGAGAGCUGAGCUGUCCUGCCGUGCUGAUCAGCCGGAACCUCUUCAAACCCAUCAUGCCAGAAGGCAGCUGGAAGGAGGUGGUGGAUCGCCCGCAACUGCGCCUCUUCGGGCUCUCGCUGUCGGAUUACUACGUGUACAGCCCGGUGAAGGAGAGAGAGGCUUACUCUGUCCUCAUCUCCAGCAUCUUCCACGGCAGGAAGGACUCCUUCAUCACCACUGAGAACCUGCUGGCAUCUUGGGAGUUCUGGACCCCGCUGCUGGACAGCUUAACCCAGCAGGUCCCGCGCCUGUACCCGGGGGGGCUGGAGAACCAGCACCUCCUGGACUUUGAAAUGAUGGGCAGGGAGCUGUCCUUCACACUGGAGGAGCCGGUGGAACUGCUGCACGCCGAUGGGCAAAUGCCGGGCGACUACCGAACCAUCCAGGCCAAGUUUCGGCAAAGCCCCUUGGUCUCAGCUUGGCCGGAGGAGCUGAUUGCCCGGUUGGCAAUGGAUAUUGAGACGGCGGCAGCCAAAGCGGUGACACGCUGUGGCGAGUUCCACCUGGCUCUGUCAGGUGGCUCGAGCCCCAUCACCCUGUUCCAGCAGCUGGUGACUCACCACUACGGCUUCCCGUGGAGACACACCCACUUGUGGCUGGUGGAUGAGCGCUGCGUGCCGCUCGCCGACCCGGAGUCCAACUUCCGCAGGUUGCAUGACCACCUCCUCCAGCACGUCCGGUUGCCGUACCUCAACAUCCACCCCAUGCCGGUGCACCUGAACCGGCGGCUGUGUGUGGAGGAGGACCGGGGGCCGGAGCUGUACGCCAAGGAGAUCGCAGAGCUAAUGACCAACGCCAGCUUGGACUUUGUGCUGCUGGGGCUGGGCUCUGACGGGCACACGGCCUCGCUCUUCCCGCAUUCAUCCAGCGGCCUCGAAGGGGCCCAGACGGUGGUGCUCACGGAGAGCCCCGUCAAACCCCACCAGAGGAUGAGCCUCAGCCUGCCUCUCAUCAACCAAGCCAGGCAGGUGGCCGUGCUGGUGAUGGGGAAGAGGAAGCAUGAAAUUACAACCCAGAUCAGUAGAGUGGGACAGGAGCCCAGAAAGUGGCCAAUUUCAGGGGUCAACCCCAGCUCUGGCCAGCUGGUGUGGUACAUGGAUUAUGACGCUUUGCUUGGAUGAUCUCUUGGUUUACCCUCCCCUCAUGCCUGUCCCAUUACCCACCUAGAGCCUGGAUUUUCCAAUACUGCACACAGGCUCCUGUGUUUACAAUAACAGCUCCUGCUCAGAACAGUCCCUCUAACUUUUGUGAAGAUCCAUUGGCCGUAACGGCUCUGUCAUCUAGAAAGGGAGGCGGCUCAGCGCUCGGAGAUCAGCGUUGUAUUCCUGACUCUACCCCUGACUGCUUCUAGGACCUUGGGCAGGUCACAUCGCUGCUCUGUGCCUCGGUUUCCCACACACACCGUGGGGUUAAUAAUACUGACCUACCUCACAGGAGCCAUCCGAGACAGCUCUGAUUAAUUGCCUGCAGAGCUCAUCAGGAUUCUUAGAGGAGAGGCGCCGAAAGAAGCCGACUGCUAAUGUUCGCCUCUGAUCAGACAGGCUGACAGAAGCAUUUUCACGGUGGCCAGAGGCCCAAUCACAGUCCCAUUCAGAUUGUGCUCUAGUGCCGUAUGUGCCAACCCUUUACUUCAGCAAAAUACUGACCAUUUUCCCACUCUUCCUCUGUGGAGCUCUCCUAGUCUAAUGUCUUCUGCUGCAGUUCCUGUUUUAGAGCUCUCUUGUAUUGGCGGGUCUGGGGUCUUGCUUCAUUGUAAGGGCGUGAUUGGGUACAGUCAUUGGGCACUGGAGUUUUCCAGACCUUGCCUGCUUGUCUUGUGCCAUCCACAGGGAUUUCUCUCAUAUUAACCUUUGUCAAUUGCACUGGCCCUGUUACUGAUUCCGCCUCCUCCCCCUCUUUCCCCUGCCCGCCCCCAAACAAAGAGAAACAACCAGUCCCCUUCUCUACAUGGCUGUGUUUAUACAGCCCUGGAAGCUGCAGACACCCAGGGACCGUCCCUUGUGUGACCGACACUGCCCCCUCCCUGGCACUGAGCUGUGUGCUGAGGCUUUAGAAAUUGUCCUGUGCACAGGCGUAGUUAUCAGUAGCAAUUGCUGCUCUUCCUAAGUGGGAAGCCAGCACCCCAGGGGGAUGGGAAAGGCAAGGGAUUUUUAGGCUUUCAGGAUUAUGGGGAUUGGGCUGAGAGCAUCGUGGCUCAGCUCCCAUUAUUCUGGAGAUGGCGUUUGUCUGCAGCGUGACGUUACCGUUGCAUAAAGCUCCCCUUGUCAGAGGAUUGGGGUGGAGGGCAGAGUUAUCUGCAGAUGGAAUUGGGUUUCCUUAAAUAUCCUGAGGCGCCUUUGUGUUAUACUCCCCAGGAAGAGCCCUCCUCCGCCCUCACGGGCAAGCUGCGGCAUUGUUCAGCAGCUUAUGACAUCUCCCCGCGAGGCAGCUGUAUACAGUACUACAGUCUUCAGCAGUAAUGAUCCCGACACCCCAGCGCUUAUGGCAAGGAUACUGCCGCGACUGGGGCUGUUACUCCAGGGCACUGGCAUGCUGUUGGAGAAGAGGAGGGAGUUUUCUGUCUCCUGGGUGUUUUCUAGCCAGUCCACCGUCACCGCGUAGGGAGGACACGUCCCUUGAAAACAUCGGAGGGUGGGUCAGAAGAGCAUAGACCAACUGCAGAAAGCGGGGGGUGCAGUUCUGUUUAGUAAAAUGAGGGAAGAAUCUUUAGAACCCUCUUUCCCCCACUGCCUAAAUUCCAGCUUGCCCAUGUGCUGCUCAUCCUUUAUAUAAGCCUUAUCCCCAUAUACUCUAGUGACGCUAUGGCCUGCUUCAGUGGGCUAUUUACUGUGGAGUGCAGGAGGAACGUUCUUUUUUUAGAUAAGGAAACCCGGAUCCAGCCAACUGCAUUGGGACAUGUUGAGCUGCUCCAUGAUCUUGGAGGGAGCAGGGGAGGUAAAUCCAGCCAAGCAUUGCAGGAUCAGGAGUACAAGACAGAGCUGUAGGAACCCAGAAUAGGGACAUUCUACCAGUUCCUGGCAAAUCCAGAUCUGCUGGUGUCUGAUCCGCACCCAGCAAUGCACAUCCUUGACCGAAAUAACUGGAGAAGGGAAAAAAGUGAUGGUUUUCAGAGGGAUUUUAGCAGCCACCUUUUGGGGAGGCUGUUGACUCUCUGAUGUUUGCAGCUAGUGAAAGAAUUAGUUGUCCAGCACUCCGGUCUUGCUGAAGUCCAAGUGAUGACUGACGGACGCAACUGGAGUUCAGUGGAAAAGGUGGAGUCUGACACAAGGUGGCGCCAUGACCAAACAAACCAAGUGGUGAUAAAUUGUGUGUAGUUUCCAAGCACCGCACUGUUUGAGCCUGAAACCACGGGAGGCUGCUCCUGUCCUGCUUGCGAGAUUCUCAGGAGCCAGCCCUCAUGACCGACAUGGAUGUGAAAUGCUGAUGGAGUGGGGAAGGAGGAAAAGUCUAUCCAGGGGUCUGGAUAUUGGGGCCAAAUUCUGCCUGACUUGCACCCCACUGAACUCCAUGGAUGUUGGUGGAAGAGGGCAGUCGGGGCACAGUCAGACCGCUAGACGUGUUGAUGAUGCAUAAGCUGGGAAGGAAUUGGGUUCACUCUCAUGGCUGAGGGGCUAGCAGGAGUAACAAAUAGGAAAAACAUAUGGGUCACAAAAAUCAGCAGCUAGGAUUCAGAGUGUAACGGGCUGGAGGACAUUUCCUCCUGUUUUUCAGAGUAGGACUUCUCAGAACUCCAAACCCUCUUAUAGUGAAUAUAUAUAUAUUUGUUGCAGGGGUGGGGGGUGUUGUGAAGGUGCUUCAAAGAGGGAAAGCAUAUGGCUAAUGAGAAUAUCCAGCGUUAGCAGAGUUCAUACCAAAAAAACCUUGGAAGGAAUGUAAAACCCCUCCUCUGCAGAGUCAAACCAGCCUCUGACUACUAGAGAUCAGGAUGAGAUGUAAUGUGGGGGGUCAUAUUAUCCCACAUCUGCGGGGGGUCUCCUGCACCUGCCCCCAAAGCAUUGGAUGCUGGCCGUUGUCCGACGCGAGGACAUGGGUCUCCUUCAGUCUGGCAGUUCCUGUGCACCUGUGUUCCCACUCCUGGUCAUUCCGAAUGGCUUUUAUUGUAACACGCAAUCCUCUUUUAAUGCUGUGGAUAGAAAUAAACUGAGGAAGCUCUGAGAACCAAUCCCUUGUUUUCAGACCCAGGACUGGGGUGGGAGACAUGUUCUGAUGUCAGUGAAAUUCAGAGCUGAGGCCUUUUCUCCAUUCGGGCUGCUUUGUUUUCUGCCACUGAGGUCGUUGCACCAGUGCAAGCAUCUAGUGCAGAAAGACCAAGCUGUGGUUUGCACUGGUGCCUCUGAUCAAUGUGGGAUAAAUUGCUCUGCUGCACUUAGCUUGGCUUGUCUACAUUAGGGAGGUUGCACUGGAGUAGCUACAUCAUCGGCUCAGAUCCCGAGGAGACAAAGGCUGUCUAAUCAGAUAUGAGCGUGGAUUGGCGUUACCUCCUCUCUGGAUUAUUAUGACAGGCGGGCCUACCUAUCAGCCUCAAAGCAAAGGGUGAGCGUAAAGCACUGUGUAAUGGGAAGCCCUGUUGGUUGCUUUUAGGAGGGACGAUGCUGUAGCUUACUGGCAUUAUAAAAUGUUUUUGGUCUUCCUCUUCUGCAUUGUGUCUCAUACCAUCAGCUACAUUGUUUUUUCCAGACAGAAAGUCCUCCAGCUUCUGAAAGCAUUAACACAGACUGCUACCCCCAUCACAACCCCCUACAAUAGGACCUUGUCAUGGGGUGCUCCCUUAACUACCCAUUGUGCCUCACUUUCUGGCCUGCUUCCGUGGUCCCUCAGUCCCAAACUAAACAAAGGAUACAGGUAUGCAGCAGGCGGGGCUUUCCAUACAGUGUCUGAGCUCCCCCCUGCUUCCUGAUCCUCCCAAUUACUGCCAGUUAUUCCAGUCGCAUAGUAAUUCCCCCCCCCCCUCAUAAUCUCCUAAUAGAGAAGUGGUUAACUGCUUCUGGCUGUCAGUGCUCAGGGUGGUGCUGCUAGCCUUCUGUCACAGACCUGGAAGAACACAUUUCCCCCUGCUCUCUGCUGGUUUGAAGUGCCAAAUUGCUAACACUGCUAAUUCCAAAAUGUGCCCCCGUGGCUGAAGCAGCCAUGUAGAGGAGGAGGUUUUAGGCCUGGGAUAGCUGAAAAUUCAAAGCUUCAUUUUUCUUUGUUAAACAAAAUUAGCUGUUUUACCGUCGGCUUUAUUCAAAUAGCGUGUGUGGUGCAACAGGAUUAAUGUAAUAAGACAAAAAAGGGAGGGGG